CAAGCUCUUUGCAACGCACUCAGCACCAUGCUUCUCGAUCCAAAGCUACUCCUGGCCAGUAGCGCCAUACCCAACGCUGCCCGAAUCACCACGCCAUACCUCGAAGUCCCAGCAUGUCCAGCGAAAGGCACGAUCGAAUACUCCCUUUCCGUACCGAACAAGACCGCGUUUCCAUUGACACAGGUUGAUCUCUGCUAUUCGGAAACAUCGCUGGAGAUCGACUUCACCGCGUAUAACGAGACCAAUUUCUUCUACAACUCUAGUCAGGCCACCAAUGAUCCCAUCUACCAAUGGGAGGUCAUGGAGACAUUCAUUUCUGCGGGAACGAAUGAUCCGAAGACAUACCUCGAGUUCGAAGUCUCACCUAAUAACGUCACAUUCAACGCCAUCAUCUACAAUGCUUCGAAGAACCGAACUGAGGGCCAGCCGUUCGACACGCUUUACCUCCAAACACCUGUAGAGGAUGGACUGAUUGCAGCCACGGAGCUGGAUAAAGCGAAUGAGAUCUGGAAGAGUGCUGUGAAGAUUCCACUUGGGCUGUGGAAUGUUGAUGAAGGCUGCGGCAAGGGAACGAAGUGGAGGAUGAACUUUUUUCGAACUGUAGUCAGUCCUAACACUUUUCCAGACCAGCUACUCGGCGCGUGGAAUCCCCCAGACAGGGCGAGCUUCCAUAUCACGCCAUAUUUUGGUCUGGUGUAUUUUGUGUAGGGACACAUGUGAGGAGAGCAUCUUUUGAGACUGAUCAAUGCAAAGCUGAGAGCUCAACUCCCCACUUACUGCGGGGAGAUCGGAAACGGCAAACGGCCAACCAGAACAUGAAUCAGCG